AAAUUUUCGGUUGAACCGAAUAUCAAUAAAAACGAUGCCCUUCAAUCAGUCCCCAUUUCCUUCGUUUUCUCAGCCUUGCACUGCCCUCGUCCCUCAUUUUCUCUUCCAUACUUCCACACUUCGCUUUCUCUGCCUCAUACCCAUUCUUCUUCUUCGUUUACUCCUUUUGCCUCUAUCCUCUUGGCCGCGUCUGUUCUCUAUCUCGUUAAGAAGCACCUAGAGCCCUUGACUGCCGUCUGCUGCUGCUGGGCGUCGUGAUGAGGAUUUAGAGGAAGUCAUGCACCACUCCGAUUUCUUGUGCUGAUAAAUCUCUCAUACCCGUAGUGCAAUAUUUCAGUCAAAUUCAGAAAUCCACACUAAGAUUUUCUGAAUUGGAGUUUUAGCUUUUUGUUGGUUAACAAAAUUCCAAAAUGCUGCACCUGCAUAUUGAGCCUGGAUACUUUCACCUGUAAUUAAGUCUGCUUCAUACCAGCAGCCUCAUUGAAUUGUAAGGAGAAAUGAAAUUCUGAGGCCGCAACUGCCCUUGCUGCUGCUUUACUUGUGUUUAAGGUUGUUGACUCCAAAUUUUCAAGCUUCUUGCUGCUGCUUUUUUUAUUUUCAGGCUAUCAGGUGAUUUCAGUUUCUAUUAUUACUUGAGCUUGAUAUAUUGCUCAAUUGAAAGUGCAUGGACUCUGUCCAGUUUCGGAUGUUAUCCAUGUUCAGUUUCAAAUUUAUUUUUGCAAUGUCAGUUCUUUGUUUUUCUUAAGAAAAUGGGCCAGGCCUAACUCACCCCCAAAAUGCCACCACCAUCUCUCCUUUUCUUCAGUUUUCCAAUUUCAUUAAGCAAACAUAUUUGCCAAUUUUCAGAUUGUAGAAAUAGUUUUCUAAAUUUAUAUUAUGUUUUCUAUAACUUUUCUGUGGAGUAGUAAUUUUCCUAAUAUAAAAGAAAAAUGAAAUUGGAAAAUGGAAAAUUUUUUUUCCACAAGUAAAUAGCCCCUUGCUUUUUCUUGUGUCAGAAUUCUCCAGGAUAAUUAUACAAGUCUUUUUGCAUUUACUACUCUGUUCUUCAGUUACUUAUGGAAACUCAGCAGGGCAUUCAAUUUCACACUUGUCAGAAGGUGGGAAUCCUGUUGAUAUUAUUUGUUGGCAUUGGCUUUGGCUUUUGUAUGCAUGGUUCUUCACCUUCAAGUGAGGUGGCUAGGUGUGAGCCAAACUCUGAGUCCAACAACUUAAAUAUUAGUAGUUUUUGUAGUUUCAAGAAAUACAUUGUGAAAUCUUAUUUUGAAAAAUAUGAGAGCUUCGUCGAAUCAAAAUUUCAAGAUUUCUUAGUAGAUGAACUUCCCCACUCAUGUGAAUUGCUGCCAGAUAAUCUGAAUGCUUUUUUAAGACUAUCAGUUCCCAAUCGCCUUUUGACUGGUGAAGGUUCUCAUCGUCAUCUGUAUUCAAUGAUCAGACUUAACUUCCAGCCAGAAUCAAUAAAUCAGCUACCCACUCACUUUUGUAAGGUUAUCGUUGUAGAGAGACUUCCCUCUGGAGUCUUUGCUGACCCAUUUGAACUCCAACACCUUCUGCAGAGGCUUUUUACUGAUGUAGCUGUUUUCGGAGAUAAAAAUUUGGAAUUGCCUUCUGUUGCUUCCAAUCGGUCUGUUGUUGAGAUUCACAUGAAUGUCAAUCCCAAUAUCUUUUUUGGACAGACAAAUGAACUGGAAAUCAGCAUAGACCUCCCAUUGCAUGCACGGUAUCAACCCCUAGGUGAAAGUGGUUAUUCAAUGGUGGAAUUUGGCACACCAGAUUUAUUUGUACGGUGCUGCAUGGAAGGAAACUUAAACAAUCAAAGCUGCUUAUUUGCACCGAGCAGUGACAGUGUUGAAACCAAAACUAGUGCUGUUGUGUGGAGAAUUCCUUCUGGUACUAAGAUACAUACUGGUAUUGUGUCUGUCAUUACUUUUGUUGCAGCCUUCAUAUCAACUCUUGUUAUUGUCCUGACAUCCAUGUUUUAUUCUGAUAUUAAUUGUGCAAAAACAUUUAAAUUAUCAUAGUUUUGAUGUUUUUGUAGCUUGAUUUUUUGAGUAAGAGAGGCUGAGCAUCUUCUUUGAGAUAAUUUGUAGACUUAUUAUGUGCACCUUAAUGCUUUUGUUCUCGCAAUCAUCCAGACUUGAAUGUAUAUUUCUACGACAGGCAAAGGGAUAGAGAAACAUUAUUGAUGUUAGCUGCAUAGUUUAUGGGCAGUUGGGAGGGCAAGAGAUAAUUUUUUA